UGCGAGGGUGGCCGUGUUUAUUUGAGCCGGAAAAAACUGAACUCAAACAACAAUUGCGCUACACCAGUUUCAUGUUAACAGCAGAUUUCAAGGAAUUUAAUUUUUAAAAAAUUCUCUACCUAAAAAAAGGUAAGCAAAUUACUGGAACUUAGCUAACUAAGACUAGUUCCCUAAAUAUUAUUUUCGAUAGAGGUGUUGCUGUCCAUUAGUAACCCAUUUCUAUUCCUAUAUGUGAACGUCACGAGUGGUAUUUUGAAAAAGAAAUAUUAAUCGAAAACGAAUACCAAUCUUAAUAUGCCGCUCAUAGACCUUAGGCUUAUGAAAGUGGUUUCUUGUUGGCCUACACCGACCCGGAAACCGACAUGCAUAGCCAAGAGAUCUUGUAGAAAACUGGAAUAGCGAAUAGCUACAUACAAAAACGGUUUCCUUCAUAACACUAAAGGCAGGGUCUCGGAAGAGUCUCAUUGAGAAAUUUUACACUUGUUUUUUUACUGAAACCUAAUGUAACAAUUUGUGUUCAAGUUGGUAAAGACAUAGCCUUCCACGCAGGCGUUUUUAAGGGAGCCCGUAUUUCGGGAAGGACGAAAUACGAGCUCCACUAAAAACAGCUGCGUGGCCCGAGGCUAGUAAAGUCAGAGCUUAAUAUAAGAUAUUUAACAAUAACAGCACCAAAAUGAGAGGGGCGGUACUUCUAACCGCAAAACUUUUCCAGUAAACAGGAAGAUGGAUUUGGUUUCUACAAGUAAAUUCAGAAAUGACAAUUUGGAGAUCUCUAGAGUACUAGCAAAACUCCAUAAUAUUUCUUCAAAUUUGAUCCAUCUCCAAGAGCAAAUCUAAAGACUCGUAUAUCAAACGUUUGUUUUUCGCGUUAAGUCCAAACAUUCGAUCGGAAGUUAAGUCACUGCGGUAGAGGCCUCAAUAAAUGAUUGUGAUGACGCAAAAAAUUAAUUGAUGCAGCUUUAAGCCCUUCAGUCUCAAUAAAGAGAGAUAUGACUCACGGAAGAUUACAAAUUUCACUUGAAAUGGCAUCGUGUGCUUGAACAGGUGCCAGUGUUUUUUCUUUUCUUAAUAUUUUGUAUCGUUUAUAUUGGAGGAUGGAUGGCAGAAUUUUUGCUAGAAACCCGAUCAAUUCACCAGUGGAAUUUAUAAGUUAUCUGCACAUUUAAUUACGUAGGUUUGCCAAUUUUGCAAGGGUCUCUGAAACGGCGCCUGAUGCCAAUUGCUGCGGGCCCGUAAUAGUCACCCCUCUUGAGAGACCACCAAACCGCCCAACUCUUUACCAACAGUGGGUGAGUCUUUUAACAGCGUCCCAAAGAAUUUAUAUGUGGAAGGGUUGUGAGUGGGGGCCUACGGUUUAUUGUCCUUAUCCGAGAGAGGACUGGAAAGUCUAACCGUUUGCAGAUGUCCUUUCAAAAGCAUCACUUUCUGCUCAGUUAGUGUAGGUUCAGCCGGGGUUUGAACCAGCGGCCUGCCCGGGGCUUAUCCAUCUGAGCUAACCGGGCGACUUCCUGCAAAGGCCAAGGCCAAACGUCGAAUUUUUCAUAAGACGAACCAAACUACGCGAAUUAACUUCAUGGAAAAGUUCAACGUCUGUCUCGGUUAAGUUCGUCUGAACGAGUUUGGAUCGACCAACACGUUCUAUCCGUCUGCUUUAGGUGAUAACGUCUCAAUGGUCCCACUCCACUUCAUUGACAUAAUUUAGGUAAUUAGUCUAGCUUGCUUAAGCAGCGAGACUCAUAAUCUGCAAAGCGUUUUUCUCCCCGGGGGGUAGUCCCUUAUAUAGGCUAUAUAGGUACGUGCCGCGCCAAAUGGCUCUUGGCCAAAGGGUAUGGUUUUUUUUAGCCGUUUUGGUCUGAAAUAGGGUAUCAAUUUCGACCAUUUUGGUCUGAAAUAGGGUAUGGUUUGUGCACUCUAGUCUUGAAUUGGGUAUGUUUUUUAGAAGAAUUAGCUACUUCUUCAUCAUUUGGCGAUAAGACCAUUUCCCUUUUAAUGUUUACGCCAACUACCGUGUACGUGCCGUAACAGCUUGUCAUGCGCUCCGGUCACGCGCCGAACUCCAGGGUUCAGGUCUGAAAUAGGGUAUCAAAUUUUUGAUCAGGUCUGAAAUUAGCCUGCGAAAACAUCCGUUUCUCCUCGCUCUUCGCCGCUAGGGACGUUUCACGCGGAGGAACGUCCGCGACUCAGCGACAGAAAUUCUAUAUUGAUGACGCAAAUCAAUAUUUACAUGAUAAAUCCGGUAGUCAUGAGGUUCCAAAUAUAAAUUUGUCCAAUUUUUCGUGUCUUCUGGUCGAUUUUGGUAAAGUGUUGUGUCCAUCUACCAACAAGCUCCAGUAAAACUCAAAUGCUUCUUCUAGAGAAGACUAUAAUCCACAAACAUUGACUAUUUUGUUAGAGAUUCUUCGCGUUUACAUUUGAUCUUUGUGGCCUUUUGUCUUUUGUCUGUCAUCCGUGAACAAUAGCUAAAACAAAGUAACUACUCCGUCGACCAAUCAGCGCUUCUGACCGGAUUCCGGACAGAUUUUACGUCAUCAGUAUGGUAUUUCUGUCGCUGAGUCGCAGACGUUCCUCCCGUCGAAACGUCCACAGCGGCGAAAAACGAGUAGAAACGGAUGUUUUCUCAGGCUAGUCCGAAAUAGGGUGGGGAAAAUCACAGAUUUUGGUCUCAAAUAGGGUAAGGGUUUCAGGAAGCGUGCCGAACACCCCCUCCCAAGAAAGUACUCCCCGGAAUUUUUGGUCGUUUUUUGGGACGCAAAAGGCAGGUCAUUGUGCUAAGCGUUCCUUGCGGAGACCGUGGAAACUGGGACUAAGAAGCGUUGCGUGAUGAAGCCACGCAUGUUUUACGAAAAAAGCUUAGGAAAGAUUAAAUUUAGAGCUUUUCCGAAACGUGUCGGUCCACGAAUUGUAUCGCUUGAAAGCGUUGAUUACUUUGGAGCAAGUGAACACUGCUGAGUCGUCGAAAAAAAUAAGAAUCUUAACUAGCAAAAUUGCGAUGGUCGGGUGUUGUAAACUUUCACUGUAUGCAGAUGAGUCUUGUGAUGAGCAUGCGAUUUAUUUUCGGCGAUGAUUGAAAUGACGUCCAAGUAAAUCACUUUUUCGAUCUCACUGGCAAUGAUAUAAUUUCUCUGGAAUCGAGGCUCUUGAAUUUUCGUGUAUUUAUACACGCGUAUUGCCGCAGAGGUAUUUUUGGUCGUCGCCAACGCGCGUACUAAAUCAAUUCAAGAACAAAUAAAAAGUAUGGGCGUCGAUAAAGUAGGAAGUAAAAAACCUUUAGCGAGUAAAUCAAGUUUCUUGUAGAAUUAAUCGCCUCCCCAUUUCUUGAUCUAAUCUCCAAGCAGGCGAGACGUAAAUGCCGCUGUAAGCACGUUCUUGUUUAAUUUACGUCAAGGAAAGUUACAAUUUGCAUCGUCUCAUGACAAUUGUUCGACUUUUGGUCUUAGAUCCAGAGUCAUCUGGUCAUUUUAAAUACAGAAUCAACAAAGCAAUUUACCGAGAAUUAAUGUCAUUGUAGAAAUCAAACUUUGCUUUAUUGCAAGAUAGUUGAAAAGUACACUUUUUCGGUUCUAUAGAGUCAUAGUCAAGUAAUGACAUUUUACAGGAGGGCAACUUAAACUAAGACUGUAAAUAUCGUUAUGUAAGUUUCAACUAUCUUAUUGUAAAAACCAAAAUUUGGUUUCUACAAGGAUAUGAGUCCUCUGUCAUGCUUUCUUCAUUUUGUGUUCUCCAGACGUGUAGCAUUCGUUUGCGAAAAACGAGCUCUUUGUAUGAAAAGAUAGCUGGGAAUGUUGUGAUCAUGUAUGAACGAGUCUCUUAUGUGCUCCCACAGCUAAAGAAAGAAUUUGUCUCCCCAUCAGUGUUGUCUUGAGCACAUAUGUAGAUACGAGCGGGACCGGCGUGCCAACAAAUCUGCGCAGAAUUCACAUGCACUUCUCGGAUCUAUUAAUCAAGAACCAUACGGUUUUGUUCUCCAACGCAAUGGCCAUAAAGCAAGUCAUCCACAUCACGUUACUUUAUCUGCUGAGCCAUAUAUUCAUCGGGGUGGUUUCUGAACGUUGUAUCAAAGGUGGUUCUGGAGAAUCCAUUUAUGGCUGGAAGUUACAAGGACACAUUUACAAGACUAUGAAGGCAAACUUCGGAUAUGAGUGCUUACUUAUCUGUCGUCAAGACAACAGAUGUCAGAGUUUCAACUGGGUUAUCUCCCUUAACAUGUGUGAGUUCAGUAUUAGAACCAAAGAAGCCAGACCUGAGGAUUUUGUUCCGGACCCAGAUAGAUAUUAUUAUAGAAGAGACAUGAAUCGAGGUAAAAUGAUUUAGUGAGUUUAAAUAGCCUGUAGGUUGUCUUUUAUUAGGGAUAUGGUAGAUAUUUGGGAUAUGGUAGAUAUCUGAUACAAACCUUUUAAUAUCUUUUACCUUCAAAAACCAGAACCUUGAAAUCCUUUCACAGCGCAAAUCGAUAAGACUAGUCUUUCAUUAGUUUUGAAACCACAGAAAGAGUUCAUUUUUACCUACAUUGCUAACUAACGAUACGUAUUUUCCUUUCAGCACCUCUUGGUUCCGUUCCUGAGCUCCCAGCGGAAACGUGUAAUGAGAUCAAAGCGAGCGAAGGAGAAGCAGCGAGCCAGAAGUACUGGCUGAGUAUCAUCACACCUGGUUUCCUUGUGCGUGCAUAUUGUGAUAUGGAGACCGAAGGCAAGUUUUAAAUUAGCACGCUAGUUCCUGUUCGGUAAGACUACUAGUCCAGUGAUGAAAAAAUCUGCGAUAAUUAUGAUCCACCCUUGCUUGCCCUUGCCGCAGACAGAAAGAAUGUAUAACUUGAUUUAGUUAAAGUGCCUUAUUCUUUUUCAAGAUAGCCUAUAACGUCAGCUUACUAAAAGUUACGUAAAAGUUGUUUCUCUUUAUUCUCAUUGCAAAAUAUAGGCCUGAAAGGAUUAUUUUGCUAUUUUUGAGUUUUAAACAAUGAUCUAAAACCCUUUCUAUCUCUAAUUCCCCAACCCCAAGACGAGAGGCAAGUGUUUCCUUCCAGGCUCCUUUAACGAUGUAUCUCCUGUGUAUGAUUAAUGUUUUAAAGGCGUUCCUUUUUGCAUUCACAGAUAUCGACGAGUGCAGCGCUAUUCCCUCCGUUUGUGAUGUGAAUGCAAACUGCCAGAACAAGGUCGGCUCUUAUCUCUGUACAUGCAAACCUGGUUUUGUUGGAGACGGAAAAACGUGCAGCAGAGGUAUUAAUCUCCUCUAAACUUCUAUAAUCCUUGCAAUAUCAACACGCCUAACACGAGGUUUCGAAUACAUCGUGUACUUGAGCCUUUGUUUGGUUCAAUACUUAAUGAAGCCGAAAAUUUCAUUUUGCAGUGCAAAUAGUGGCAUCAUGCAGUGACAUGAAAAGAAUCGAUAACGAUGUAACUGAUGGAACCCACAAUUUAACUUCACUUGCCUGGAAAAUCUCAGUAGGUGCAAACUGUUUUUUCAUUGUUAAUGUGAAGCAAUAGACCUUUUUAGUUUGUGUUUUGUUUACCCAUUUCAGACCACGUGAUGGUACCACAGAAAACUGUUUCUUUCAAAUGUCGUCCUGUCCACGUGCAUAAAUAUAUUAAUUAUGAAAACACAAAAGGCAAAUUCCCUUUAGAACAUCACUUGAUCUGACCUUACAAGCUGAAAAGGUUUAUUGUUGCUUAUUACAGAGCCUUUUCAUAUGACCUCGCGUCCGCCAUGUUAGUGUACCGGAACAAUGCGUCGAAGCCAAAAUCACGCUUUGUUUAGGGCAUACAUGCACAAUAAGCAAGCGUUCACGUUUUCUUCGGCUCUCCUAAAAUGAAGAAACUAUAGCUUACGUAACAGUACGCGCGUUUCUAUCGGAGGCACGUAUUUCUAGUUUAAAUAAAUAAGGGAAACGACUUUUCGAUCGAUUUUUCCUCAAGUUCUAGCUAGAAGUCGAGAGAUCGAUAGAUCGGAAGGAUUCUAUUGUAUCAUGAUUGUAUCUUUGGAGCGUCUUUUUGACAUCGCCACCAUUCCUCUAGGUCUUAGUCCUUUCGCGGUCUAAGCAAUGUUUUCGAUUUGUGUAAGCCAAUCAGAUUACAGGAAAUCAUAUAUCCGGUUCUGUUUGUGGCCCCCACUGAUAAAACGGCGGCCAUGUUGAUGACCCAUACCAUUUCUAUGGGAUUUGAACUAUUUUCGUAUGCAAGCACUUUCUUUUGUCGCAAUAAAUUUACAUCGCUACUGGCCACUUGGGUGAAAACGUUCUAUAGAAAACACUGUACAACUAAUCAUGUUACCUCAUAGUAUGUCAUUGAUUUUAUCUAUUAAGGUUUACUGUGAUAUGACAUCUUCUGGCUAUGGAUGGACCCUCAUCGCUCGGUUCUCGAACAAUGACGCCAAACGUUGGAUGAAUGACACCGGGUUUUGGUGGUACGACAGAAAUAGUAGUUUUGGGAUAACGACUGAUUCAUCGCACAAUGCUGACAUGAUCUCUCCAGCAUUCUGGCUGGUCAGAGGUAACGAGCUGAAAAUCACGCGCAGUGAUGACCAUCAACAUGUCGCUCUAUUGCAAACCACUGGAAACUGUUUGGGCGGGCAGACAUUCAGAUCGAAAAUAACCACUUAUGGUAACUUCAGGAAAGCUUCAGUUUGGGCAAAUGACAAGUGUUUGGGGAAUUGCACCGUUCAAUAUGGAGGCUUGUACCAAACAACUGAUGGUUUUAAACAGGCCACAUGCCAUGGAAACAUUCAAGGCGCGAAUGCGAUUGGCUUCUGGUGUAACUGGGGUACUGGCGAUGGAGCAGUAAUGAUGAUUGGUGGGGGAGGCAGAAGCUGUGAGCGUGCUGACCACGGGAUUGGAAUAACAGAAGCUAACGCGGCAUCUUUUGAUAAAGCUAGAACCGAAGAAUACGAUUUUGGGGAAGAGGCUAACUCGGCACAAAAUAAAACAUACUCCCUAAACCUGUGGAUACGAUAA